AUUUCUGCAUUAAUCGUAGAGGGCAUGCCAAACAUUUCAACUUUUUGCGCAAUCGGUAUGUCAGGAUAUGGAACAUGAAAUUUUAUAAAAUAUUAGAUCUUUUCUGUAUAUCGUUUUUAAAGCGGUAUUAUAUUAUAAAAAUUAUUUAUAAUUCUAAUGAAUCAGAUUUAUUUACCACCAUAUGGUAUGGCGUUAUCUAAAUUGGAAAAGUCCCAUAUCUAGUAAUUUUUUAGAUAAAGUUGUCAACAAUGUUUGCAACUAAACUUGUAUAUUUUGUGAAGGUUACUACGUGCGUGGUUCCUGUUAGUUCAUGUUUUGAUAUUUUUAUGCCAUUAAGGUAUAUAGUUUUGCCAAAAUAUGCAGUGCGUAUAACCUCAAAAAAUAUAGUUCUGAUAGUCCUUAAAAAAUACAUUCAACGAUAAGUGUCGACGUGUAAAAUGGCGUGGUUCGGUGACGGGCUGCCUAGCUUGUCGAAUUUAAAGGGACAAUUAACGAACUUUACAAAGGAAGUAUUAUCAGAGGGCAUUGUAGAAGAAAUAGACGAACGAUCGAAAGCACUGAAGGAAGCAAAUCAAAAAUGUAUCGAAUUGCAAGAAAUACUUAAUUCGAAAGAUGCUGAAAUUUCAUUACUACGUCGACAAAACUGCGAACUUCAAAAGGCAGUCGUCGAAUUAAAUGCGAAACCAAAGGAAUCGAACGAUAAUAAUCAAGAUGAUGAGGGCGAAGUAUUUUUUUGGGACCCGCCGUCCGCGAAAAAUCGAAAUUCGAAAAAUCAGAACCACGUACGACAGUUGCAAGAACAAUUGGUACAAGCCACCAUGAAGAUACGAGAUUUAGAAGCCGAAGUUAAACGCAUUCAAAAGGUUAACAAUUCCUCCUUGAAAGAUGAAUUAACCGAUGGACAUCAGAAAGCAGAAUUCUUGAGAGCGAAACAGGAUAUGGUGAAUCGUAUAAUACAAAUGGAAGAAAAGAGUCGAGAAGCUGAGAGGAAUACGAAACGCAUGCAAUCGGAUGAAACAGCGUUGAUCAACGAUUUCCGCAUGGUGUUGUCCAAAUUGAACUCUCUCGAGAAGCUGGAUUUAGUUCGAAGUGCGCUAAAAGCGCUGGAAACCGAAAACGAGAAAUACAGCGAGGCUAAUAAACAAGAGAAAUCCGACUUCGACGAAAAGUUUAAGAGACCGAGCACUGUCACCCACGAAUCCGUUCCGUUGAAGCCUAAUUUCAGCGUGAACUCGGAGAAUCACGUGAGACACGAUGGAUUUAUCGAGGCCUCGAGCAACAGGGAAAUGGAAUUAUACAAGAAAAUCGAGGAGCUUCAAGAAGAGAAUAAAAGAUUGUUCACCAGUGUCGAGGAACUCGAUCAGCAACACGAAGAAUCGAUAGAAAAACUGUUAUCUCUCAAGGAGGAAGUUGAAAAGAAACAUCAGUGCCUUCAAAACGCUUACGAACAGCUUUACGUAGACUACAAUCAGGCUCAAGAUAAGGUCGUCCAAUUGGAAGGUAAACUUAAGGAAUCAAGCACGUUGAUACGAACAGAAACUGUUCCAUGUUUCGUGCAAACUAAUAGUUUAGAAUAUGUAGAUAAAUGUAUCCAGACAAGUGAUCCAGAAAUGAAAGUGAGUGCAGAAACGAUCGAGGUGCGGGACAAGAGAAUUGACUUGAACAAAUUAACCAAGAGAGUGAAGGAUAUUUUGAAGAGCUCUUUCGUCGAGAUAGAACCGGACGAGUCGAUUUUCGAGACCCUGGCGAAGGAGUACAUAGACGUGAAAUGGAAGAAAGAUGUGGUGGAGAAAUGGGUGUCGGAGUUGAACAGAGAGUUGAAAGGGGUCGUAGAAAUGAAGGAUGACCUGCAAAUGGAGUGUAACAUUAAACAGACUCAUAUCGACACGCUGUUGCAGGAGAUCGAAGAUUUAAAAUUAAAUUUACCGCCCAUACCUGAGGCGAAUGAGGAACGAGUCGUCUCUUUGGAAUCGGAAAUCGAAUCGUUGAACGAGGAAGUGAAACAUCUUCAAGCGGAGAAUUCCGUGCUGCGUAAGAAGAACUCGUUGCGAAAGAAAAACGCUGUUAUACGCGGUGUCGGCCCGAACGAAACCCGAUUAAAGGCUCAAGGUAGCGCGACGACCACGUCUCAAACUAGGAAACAAGGAAAAUUGGAAAAUAUUCCGGAGGAUAUAGAGGACACGUUCAACACGAUGGAAACCCUGAAUCGAAAGUUGAACGUGACGUUGGACGAGAACGACGAGUUACGAAGAAAGAUAGAUCUGUUGGAGGGCACGGAGAAGGAGAUGCAGGAACAAUUGAGGAUGUCGUUGGAGAGGUGCAAAGAUUUGGACGGAAAUAUCGAAUUGAUCGAGGAGUUGAAACACGAUCUUGAGAAUACGAGGCGAGAAUUAAAAACGUCUACCUCUAACACGAGGCAAUUGGAAAACACGUUGGCGCAAAUUCGAGGCACGAAGGAUGAGAUUCAAAAGGAAAACGAGGAAUUAUCUCGGAGGAAUGAACAAUUAGAAACGGAGAUCUCGCAGUGGCGUGAAAGCAAUUCAGAGACGGGGGGUAACGAUACGUUGAGAGAUCUUCAGGAACAAUUGAACAGAACUAAUCGAGAGAAAGAUGAUUUGGAGUAUGAUAUAUUAAACAUGAGGAAAGAAUUGGACGAGGCAUUUAAUCGGAUAGACGCGAAAGAGGAUUGCAUAGUGAGAUUGAGCCAAGAAAAUGAAAGUUUAACGAAAGAGAAGAAUUCCCUGUUAGAACAGUUGACUGCCAUUCAAGACGAUUCCAACGAUAAGAUAGAUUUGGUGAGCACGGAAAAGUCUCUGUUGGAACAGGAAAUGUCGGAAUUGAAAGAACGAGUGGCGAGUAAGGAGAAAAUGUUGAGUGAAAUUAGAGAAGAAUUACGCGAGGCGGAAGAAAGGUAUGCGAAAUUAGAGAGUGAUUAUUUUUCAAUGAAUAAAGCAAUGGAAAAGUUACAAUUGGAAAACGAAAAUUUGCAAAAUGAAAUAAAAAAACACGAGGAAUUAAAGAAUGAAUUUGAGAUUAACCAGUUAACUGAAAAAUUAAGUUCCAUGCAAAAUGAUCAUGCUCAAUUGAUGAACGAAGUGGAGACUUUACGUUUGAGGGAGAGGGAAUUGACAAAGUUACAAGAAAAUUUUGCAACUGUCACGGAAGAGAACAAAACUUUAAAGAGCGAAUACGAAGUAAUUCGGGAUAAUUAUAAGAAAUUGGAAUACGACGUAGCAUGUCUACAAGAGGAGAAAAAGGAAUUAUUAAAUCGUAUAAAUGAAAAUGCCUAUGACAACGAGAAACAACAAAUUGCAGCGUGUUUAGAGGAAGAGAAACGUCAAAACGAUGUUCUGAAAAACGAAAAUAGCAAAUUAAUCGCGGAGAUUACGGAUAUACGAAAGAAAAUGCAAGACGCUAUCGAGGGUUAUAAGGAAUCGGUUGAUAUGGGUAAACAAACGAUAGAAAGUCUGUCUCACCUUAUUAAAGAAAAAGACGAAGAAAUCAAUGGCCUUAAAAAUGCGCUUCAUCUUGCUAAAAAUAACGAAGAAACGUCGGAUCAUUUUUCGACUAUAAAGAACGAAAGGGACGAACUCGUGAAACUUGUAACCAUCAAGCACAAUGAAAGUCUGCAAUAUCAUGGAGAAAUCCAAAGGUUAACGCAACUGUUGAACGAGCAAACAUCGCAGAUUCAGAGUUUAUUAGCAGAGAAGGAUAUACAUUUAUCUGAUCUGAAGGAGAAAGAUGCUCAACUUUUGUGGACGAACAACGAGUUGCAAGCAGUCCAACAGCGUUUGAGAAACGCUGAAGACUCGAGCAGCGGGGCAAUUUGUGGGAUCGUCGAGCAUUCAACGCAAACAUCAGAAAUUGAGAUUCUCACUGAGAAGUGUAACGCGUUAGAAGCAGCUCUAAUUCAAGAACAAUCGAACAACAGAAUGUUGCAGAAUCAACUUGGCGAAAGUCAGAGCAAAGAAGCGAACGCCGCGAAAGAAUUAGAAAGGCUAAGAUCGCAUUUGGUUGAAAUGGAAUCGAAUUACACGGAGGAUGCUUUGCUUGCUGAAGAAGGACGAAAAGAAUUGGAAGCGAAACUACAGCAAGCUGAGGAAAAGUUGAAGACCAGUUCGAAUGUGUAUACUUCUGCUAAUAUAAGAGCAAAUCAACAAGUGGAAACAUUGCAACAACAAAUGGUAUUGAUUGUUCAACAAAGGGAUGAUAUACAAAAUAAAUUAUCCGUUGCUGAGGACAAGAUCCUAUCCCAAACUGCGUCUUUGACCAAUUUACAAAUUGUCCUAGAACAAUUCCAACAAGAUAAAGAAAAAGAUAUCAUAGCAGCAACAGAAAGAAUUCAAUCUAAAUUAAAAGAAUCUUAUAAAAAAAGGGAAGAGUUAACCAAUGAUGUUACAAAUCUUAAGGAACAAUUAGCUGAAGCUAAAGAAUGUUUACAAGCAGCAUCCAGAUUAAGCGAGCAACUUGAUAAAAAAACAGAACGUAUCGAACAACUAAGCCAAGAAGUGGACCGAUUAACGAAUCUCGUAAACACUGCAGAUCAAAGAAUAGAAGAGGCAAAACAAAGUGGAGAGGGAAAAGUUGAUAAAACUCUCAUUAAAAAUCUUUUAUUGGGUUACUUGUCUUCAUCAGCAGCAGAUAAAUCUUCGGUCCUUAGAGUGUUUUCCACAAUUUUAGACUUCAACGAAACGGAAAAGGAUAAAGCAGGAUUGAAUAACACAAUUGGACAAAAUAGUUGGUUUUCUCGUUUAAAUAGCGGAUCUACAGUUCCUAAUAAAAAUCAAGAAGCAUCCUUGUCAGCAGCAUUCAUUAGAUUUCUAGAGAACGAAUCGAAACCUAAACCACAAUUACCCGCAUUACCAAUUCAAACACCGGCAUUACCACGGCCUGGUCAUAGUAGACAACAGUCAACUUCAUCUACGCAAUCUACUUCAUUACUUUCCAAUGUAAAUUUACCAACAUUCCCGGAUUUUAUCCCAGCCAGAAAUACAGGAUCUAUUUUGAAAGAAGUAUUGAAAGACAGCUGAUAUUAACAAUUUCGAUAUAUUUUAUGUUUUGUAAAUUUUAAGAUUAUAGCGGAAAAAAUGUUUAAAUAAGAUAUGUUUAUCGAAUUUCCACUCAAUAAGAGUAUAAAAAAAAAAUUAAUUAUGAGAUAUUAAUUAUGCGUUUUUAUAAAAGAAAAACCGAUGUUUAUAACAUAUAUUUGUCAAUGAAUUGUUAAUAAUAAUUAUGCAUUGCUUCCUUAACAUCGAUUUUUCUAUAUAAAAAAUAUAAUCUAAAUAAUUGUAAAAAGUCUUAUUAGUAAAAAUUAUAUGUAAUACUUCAUGGUGCUUGCGACAUAAACGUUUAACGUCGAUUCAAAAAUUCAAUUUUUCUUAUUGACAAUAAUUAAGUAUUGUACAUUGGAAAAAUAUGUUAUAAUAAUUAAUAUAAAAUGAAAGUUUUGUCAAUUCAAGAUAAUCCGUAAUUAUAACUGUUUUAUUAGAAGCAUUUAGAUUACAACGAAUGAAAUACUAAAUAGGAUAUAUUUGCAGUAUUAAAUUCUUUCAUCUUUUGUGUCAUUUGUAAAAAUCGUAUGAAGUAUUAUAUUUUUGUUUGUUCAUUUAACAAAAAACAUUAAAUUUAAUGUAAUAUAAUUUAAAAUUUGAUAGUCAUUAUAAUUACAGAUUUUAUUUAUAUUUGUAAUUUUAAAUAUUAUAUAUAAUGCUCUGAGAUAAAAUACUUAAGCUUGAAUUAGUUUUACGUUAAUUGUACAUAAAGUCGUGUAUUAAAAAACAAAAUGGUGGGCUAGCAAUAAAUAAUAAAUUAUAAAUUAAUAUUACAUACAUUACAUUUUUGAGUUACAUUGCUUAAAAUUUUUAAUAAGAAUUGCAAAUAUACAUAUAAUCUUUUACAAAUCUAUUUUUAUUAUAUAAAUAUUUCAAAUAUAUAUAUAUAAAAAUAAAUUAUUACAUUUUGUAAAUUAUUUAUUAAAAUAAUUUUGAAAAAUUUGUAAUAGAUUAUGAACAAAAAGUAAUAUUUAUUUUUUUUAGAUAGUUUCAAUUUUUGAUUAUUAUUAAUUAUCUUUUAUUAUCCUAAAAGUGAAUUCUUUUAAAUUAUAUAUAUGUAUAUAUACGCAUUCUAAAAAUAAUAUAUUCAAAUAUGAAUAUCCAUAAAUUUAACAUUGCAUAAUCUAAAGAAGACAUUCGAUAUUGAAAUAAUUGAAGGAUAUUUUAAACAAAAAAAGAACAUAAAAAAAAACUCAAGAUUAUAUUUUAUCGAAUAUUUAUUUUAAAAAAAUUUUUAAUCUAUAUUACAAAAAUCGAAUUAAAUAAAUGACAAAAUAAAUUUUAAGAAAUAUGAAAGCAGUAAGAAGCAGGAACACAAUAUUAUCAAUAAUUCAACAUAUUUUCAGAUUCUAAUUUUCUUCUUUCUUCUCUUCUUUCUUCUCUUCUUUCUUCUCCUCCGUGUUCUCCUUCAAUGCCGGUUUACCCGUCUGCUCGAUAGUUAUAUUCCUUUCGCUCUGGAUCUUUGGUUGCUCCUUCCUAGGUGCAGUGAUGUUCAAUACACCAUCCGAUGAUAAACUAGAUGUUACUUGAUCAAUAUCGCAUUGCUCAGGAAUCAUAUAUCUCCUGGUGAAUUGUCUCGAAAUCCAACCAUGCUCAUCUUGUUUUUCUUCAUGUUUACCCUCGACGACAACACACUUGUCGACGAUUUUGACAUUAAUUUCAUCUGGUUUAAAUUGCUGAACAUCCAAAAUUACUUGGAACUUAUCUUUAUCCGCUUUCACGGUUGAUGUGCCUCCUCCUUCAUUUUUUCGCAGAAGUUCACCCCAAGGUCUAUAAUAUAUCAAUGGAUUUCUUAAUCUUUGAUUACGAUUGGGUAAGAUAUAUUGAUCGAGAAUGUUUGAAUUCAAUAAUUGUUCGGGAUAUAUUCCCAAACCAAAAUUUUGAUCAAGUAAUCGAUGUGGACGAUCCAGGUCUUCCCACCAAUCAGAGAACAGCAAUGGAAUCAAAGACAUUUUAACUGAAUUAUUUGAUGUUUGAUAUAUUAAAUAAUGUAAGUCACAGACUUUUUCGAAAUGUUCACUUUUAAUGUUUACAGCAAGCUUGUCAAGCUUCUCUGUCGACUGUUUUCUGUAUACU